AUGACUACAGUCGACCAGCGGUUUCUCUCUGUUCGUGACCUCCUCCAGGACGGCCGUAUCUGUCUGGACGGGCCGCUCAUUUCUGAUGCCACCAAGUUUGCCGUCGAGUGUCUUAACCUGCCUCAGUCGGUGGACACCAUCUGUGAGCGGGCUGGCAUCACCCGGGAUGUCUACAAUCACUAUGCCGAUAUCUUGAACAAUCUCUUCAAGGGCUUCAAUACCAUGUUUGAGAUUGCCGAUGACUUUGGCGCGAUUAUCAAAACGGUCGAUGCUGCCUGCAAAAAAACGCUAGAGUUUGCAGCCAAAGCCCAGUCGGAUUUUCCCUCUCUCUUCGACCUCUUCCGCCAGCUUCGCGACAAACCAACCCCCGAAGUGAAGGAGAAGCUGAACAAGCUCACCAUGGAGUUGAUCGUCUCCGCCAACACGGCCAGUCGGACCUCUGGAUCAAUCUCCCUCGCAGGGGUCAUCAACGCCUGGAACGACAAUCGGGAGUAUCUUCGCGGCAUGUACGCCGAUCUCGUCAAGAGAAUGCAGGAUCCCAGUUUGCAGGAAAUCCUGGAGAAACUGCUCAACAUCCACGGCGGCAUUGUCGGGCUGGACAAUCUCAAGAAGUGGAUUGAAAGCCUCGACGAGCACACCGGCAAGGCGGUCAAGGAUCUGGAAUAUUUCCGAGGCUCUUGGGAGGCGAUUGACACAGACGCGACAACUCUGCAAGAGUUCCUGUACGACCCGCACAGUCCCAAGGUUGAGGUAUUCCUGAGAGUUGAGCUGGCGCAUCUCCUGUUGGGGUGGAAAGACGUCACAGACGAGAUCAACAAACUGAUAGAGGAACAUUUGCAGUCGGCUGUCGAAGCGAUUGACCAUGCCCCACAUCGGUGA